AUGCCCCUCUCAAAGAAACAAAUAGACCAAGUUAGAACCAAAGUGCACUAUAGUGAAGUAGAUACUCCAUUCAACAAAUACUUAGACAUUUUAGGAAAAGUAACUAAGUUGACAGGAAGCAUUAUAAAUGGUACGUUAUCUAACGACGAUAGCAAGACUGAAACUUUGACUGAGGAAAAUAUUUCAAAGUUGAAAGAAAGUGCUCAGCUUCGAUUUUUGGAUCUCCAGUCUUCGAUCGACACGAAGAAAGCAGCAGACGAAAAUUGGGAAACAUGCCAACAGGAGACACUGGCAAAAUUGGAAAACCUCGAAGACAAAUUACCUAACAUAAAGAGCACUCAUAGCAAGCUGCUUUUACGCAUUGGGAAACUACAAGGUCUUCAUGAUUCUGUCCGAGUAAUUAACAGAGAGGUGGAAGGCUUAUCAGAAGGCCGUACCAGCCUUGUGGUAACACGUUCGGAAUGGGAGAAAGAACUUGGUAGCGAAUUGGUCAGGUUUUUAAUUGAAAAGAAUUAUUUGAAACUAGUUGAUUCAGGCCUGAAAAAGGAUAGUUCAGGGGAGAAAUAUCGUGUUUAUGAUGAUUUCUCCAAAGGCCCAAAAGAGUUAGAAAGUAUCAAUGCCUUAAUGAAAUCGGAUAUAGAAAAGGUAAGACAGGAGGUAUCGUCUUACAAAGAGAAGUGGCUAAGGGAUGCAGAGAUAUUUGGCAAGAUCACGUCGAUAUUUAAAGAAGAACUUUUGAAAAGAGACGGCCUGCUCAUUGAGGCAGAAGGAGAUAAUAUUGAUGAUGAUUAUGAAUCAGAUGAAGAUGAAGAAAGAAAAGGGAGGUUUAAAAGACAAAGGUCAAUGGUGGAAGUGGAUAGGAUAGAGACUUUGGAUGAAAAAGAGGAAAGCGAUCAUGAAUAUGGUGAUCAGGAGGAUGAAGAAAAUGAAGAGGAAGAUGACAUGGACGUGGACGUGGACGUGGACGUGGACGUUGAGGAUACAAAAGAGGAUACUGAAGUUGACGGGGAAAGCAGUCAGCAAGAAGAGAAUGGUCGCCAUGGUAGUAAUGGGGAAACGACGGAAGGGACAGGAGAGAUACAAGAACCAGACACAGUUAAUGACGCAGAGGAGGGAAAUAGCGAUCACUCAACCGGAAAACCUGGUGGCACUACAAGUGAUUAUAGCGCGUCUUCCUCUGUUGAAGAAGUAAAAUGA